AUGAACCGCUCCUUCCGCUGCGCGUCCGUCAGGCCUCCCACGUCGUGCCACCACAACACCACCUCUCCGCUCCUGCUCGUCACGGGAGUUGUACCGCGGUUAGGACUGCUCAGCCAGCUAGGUCGCAGCGUCCGUUGUUGUUGCCUUGGUCUUUGUUGUGGCAUCCUUAUCUUACGAGUACUGAAAAAGGAGAUAGUUUACUAUUCUAGGUAUUGUGCUCUCUUCUCCUGGAAAGCAACAAAAAAAAGCGAUGAGCGUAGUGCCUGUGGAAACGCGGUGAGAAAAAGGUGA